AAAGUACAUAUAAGACGCUGAUGUUUGCUGGUCAAGAAGAACAGUUUGCAAACGAUCGUCGUCUAGUCAACUUGAAUUGUUUUUGUUUUUUCUUUGUUUUCCAAAAUCCCGUCCGGUUUGAAUAGGAUUUCAUCGUCCAACUUUUGUGGGGGAAUAUGAAGAUUGCCAUUCUGCUUGUCCUUUUGGGCUUAGCCCGCGCUAAACUCCAACUAGCAUCGCCCAAACGAGAUGUUUUCAAUGCCUAUGCAAAUGAUGCCGUGCUUCAACGAGUGACCCGAGCCCAGCCAGCCAUUUACCCGCCAGAAAAGGACCUGACCUGGAUCGAAGAUUCUUACCAACGCUCUUACACCCCUCAACCUUACAGCUUCGCCUAUGACGUUAACGACGGCUACAAUAAUUACGGACACGAGCAACAGAGCGACGGUUACGUGACUUCCGGUUCCUAUCGAGUGCUGCUGCCCGACGGCCGCACUCAGAUUGUUAAUUUCAGGGCGGACAAGAACGGCUACGUGGCCGACGUCAAGUACGAGGUGUCCAUUUUCAAGCCCGCUGCACCGUCCCACAGAGCGUUGCCUGUUGCCCCUCUGCGCAACACGAAUGCCGGGCAGAGCAAGAAAGCCUCUCCGGCCUGGACGGCAUUUACGGCGUAUCAGCCGGAUGCUAAGAAAGCGUCCUACAAAGCUGAUCUAAUCGCUGCCCUCGGCUAUAAAACUACAGCAGCCACGCCUUCCAUUGCGGCUGGCAAAGAAGCUGCCAUCGAUCCGCCCUACAAGACGCCAGCGGCUGUUGCGGAAUACAAUAAAAGGCCAGAGUAUCAAACAGCGCCGAUUGAUUCCGCUCCUGUCCAUCGAGAUUCGUCCGUUCCGGUGUACAAACCUGUGGCCGCUCCGCCUGAUGCGCUAGUCGAUACCAAUCCAACAGAUGCGGAGUACAAAUCGCCGGCUAAACCGGCGCACUCAGUUGCGGUUGGUGUGACCGUACCGGAGUACAGACCUCCGGCUGCUGCGGGAACUAAAAUUCCGGUUGCUCCGGUAUACAAGACUCCAGCCGUUCAAGUCUAUCGAGUUCCAGAAGACCGGACGAACAAGAUUCCGGCCACCCCAUCUGUUCCAGUUUACAGACCGCCAUCAGCUGCUGCCGAAUACAAAGCGGCUGUCACGCCAACCUACCAAGUUGCAUCCGCACCGGAAUACGAAUAUACAACAGAACCCGCUGCGCCAGUUUACACAGUCCCCGCUUCUACACCAACUACCCCAGCGUAUAAAGCAACACAAGUUGACACGACUACACCUUACCGUCCACCAACUACCCCCUCUGUGCAAGCCAUUGCCGUUUACGGUGAGUCAUCCACUCCGGCACCCCGAUUCCGUCCAGCUUGGACAGCCUUCCGGUAUGCAGUUCCAGAAGCUUCCACUCCAUUGCCUUACGAAGGCCAGCCCACAACUUCUGAGUACCCAAUUGCCGCUACUACCCCGGCCUACAGACCUCCUCCGCCAGCUUACGAAGUGGCCGCUCCUGCGCAAGAGGAAUCCGUCUACGAAGUGACGACCGUUCCAGCUGAAAUAUCAACUACACCCGCCUAUCAGAAUGACGCUGCUCCCUGGACGGCUUUCAGAGCUACAGAGGCUCCGUACCAAUCCCCUGCGCUUCCUGCCUACGUGCCUUCAACGACCGUCGAUAGCAUCCGUCCAUUUUACGAGACUUCCACGCUCACAUAUUUGAACGAAGCGCCAACUCCCUCCGCCGCUCCCGACGUAUCCGUUUUUUAUUCUGAGCCGGAGUCAUUGUCCUCCACCUACGAGCAAUCCGCGCCAGCCGCUUGGAAGGCGCGUCCUUCCGUUUACGUUCCAGCCGAAGAAACGACUACGUACAGACCAGAAAUCAAUGACGCAACGACGACUGCACAAAGUGACGUCACCGCUCAGACUGUGACUGCUGCACCGGUUGUUUACGAAGCCCCUACUACCCCGUCAGCUUACAGAACUGUCCCGUCUGCAAUUCGAUCUCCGUGGACUGGACUCCGACCUGCACCGGAUGUCCCUUUGUACUACGUCGCUCCAACCACUUACAGGCCACUUAAUCCGGCCGUCUACAAAGUUCCGGACGCUCGUGUUUAUGAGUCGAACAGCGCAUCGAAAACUUCUUCAUCCGGUCCGACGUGGAACGCUUGGACUGCCUUCCGUUCGGCUCCUGUUCGUCCAGUCGGUCGUCCUGGUUCCCAAGUUUCAACUACUCCCGAUCCUUCCGCUUACAAAUUACCGACACCAUUGGUGUACAGAAAUCGAAAAGCUUAAAAAUUGUUUUGCUUUUCUUGUUUUUAUGUUUGUUUUUGUUUUUCUUUUUGGUUUUUGAAUAUUUUUGAAUAAGAAAGGUUAACUAAAAAACAAGACGAAAAACGGCCAGCUUACAGCGUUGCAUGAAUCGUUAACACUAUGAAUCAAUGUUGAUGAUAUUCCUAUAAAUUGCCAUCCAAAUUUUGCUUUGUAUACUUUGCGCAAAUAUGUUUCAAAUAUACUCUAUGAACACAA